AUGUACAUUGGGCACACUGUGCUCGGAAUGAAUUCUAGGUUCGGAAAGCAGAUUCAACGCCGGCAGCUUGAUCUCCCCGAAUAUGCCGCCAGUUUCGUCAAUUACAAGGCCCUAAAGAAGCUCAUCAAACAACUUAGUGCUACACCCAAUAUCCCUGCUCAGAGGACCGCGGAAGAAAUCGCCCAAGAUGGUGCCUUGGAUCCUCAAGCCGCACUGCGCGCGAAUAAGGAGGUCUUCUUCUUCCGACUGGAGCGCGAAAUUGAGAAAGUGAAUACUUUCUAUCUCCAGAAAGAGUCAGAAUUCUCGCUGCGACUGAAAACGCUAGUCGACAAGAAGCGCGUGGUACAGUCUCGGACCACCUCGAACUCGAAGACCCCAGCAAAUUUUGUCUCGUUGUUUGAAGGGUUUCAACAAUUCGACGGCGACUUGAACAAACUGCAGCAAUUUGUGGAAAUCAAUGAAACGGCCAUGUCUAAGAUCCUGAAGAAAUGGGAUAAAACGUCCAAAUCCCGGAUGAAGGAGCUUUAUUUACAUCGAGCGGUCGAGGUCCAACCGUGCUUCAACCGUGAAGUUCUCCGUGAUCUGUCGGAUCGAGCAACGACCGCUCGGUUAGAGCUGGAAGCAUGGGCAGAGGGUGAAAACCUACAGCUUGAUAACUCGCGACCCAUGGAGCGUGCGGCAGCGCCUGGUUUCGGUACGGAGGAGGACGAAUUGGAUCUUCAGAUCUUGCAGUCUGCCUCUGCGGGCAAUCUUCAGACCCUCCGCGAAUGGGUGGCGAGGCUACACUCUUUUUCAGACGCCCGUGAUCGGGCGACACGAACAUUUCUGACCGCAAUCAACGGGUUUUCUGAUGAUGUCCUAGCCCUUUUACUUGAGAGUGGAUUGGUUGACAUUCAUGCGGAGGAUGAUAUCAAUGAAAGGAAUUGUCUCCAUGAAGCAGCUAUUUCUGGCCGUGACUUUGUCUUCCAAGCGGGUCUCGCGGCUGCCGUGGAUAUCUCCCGGUCCGAUGUCUAUGGUCGGAUACCCCUGCACUACGCAUGUAUGCACGGCCGGGUAUCCAUGGUGAAGGAGCUUUUGACCGUGGGCCCGCAGACAGUCGACAUGAUGGACCACGACAAUUUCACACCCUUGAUCCACAGCAUUGUCAAGGACCAGCUUGCAUGUGCCGAGCAGGUACUGUGCAGCAAUGCGCGCAUUGAUCCGUCCUCAGACUCAGACCACAUCCCGUUAAAUCUUGCUUGUCAACAUGGAUCUCUUCCGAUUGUGAAAAUGCUCCUUGAGCGAAAUGCGAAAUUACUACCUGAUGCCGAAGGCCUUUACCCUCAGCACAUGGUGGCUCGAGCAUCGCAGUCACCGGAACUGCUAUUACUCCUGAAGCAGCACGGCGCUGAUCUUGACCAAAGAGACAAACUGUAUCAAUGGACACCGCUGUUUCAUGCGGCAAGUGAAGGCUGUGUGCCGUGUUUGCGAACACUUCUCGAAUUGGGCGUUGAUGCGAAGGUUGCAGACGAGAAGGGUCUCUCUGCGAUGUACUACGCAGCCUGGGAAGGACAUCUGGAAUGCAUGCUUCUUCUCUGGGCGCAGCCCUCCCAUGAUCAACCCCCGCAGCGGCCGCUCGAUAUCUUGAACGGUAUGCAAUUUCAGCAACAGGACUUGAUGGACGAAGAUUCUACGAGGCGAGGUAGUUCUAUCGAAAUGGACAUGGCCGAUGGCAUACCAGAUCUUUCCCUACCCCCACCAAUCAUCCCUCUGCGACGCUACGGCCACAACUUCCUUGACAAGAAGGUUUUCGUCCAACUCUUGUUUGAUCAAGGAAAUUUGGGCUCGAUCGCUUUCGAUCAAGCUGGACGCCACCCUGCUGCCAGGAUCACUAUUUCUUCGAAGCUGUCGGACCUCAUUCCCCGCACAAUCGUACUGCCAAUCCAAGACGACUCCCGGACAAUAUCGUUCCAUGUUGAUAAUUUGGAUACAUUUGCCGUUGACUUUGAGAUUUUCCCAACCUUCGGCUCUAAAGUGAUUGCGAAGAGUGUGGCUUUACCUGUGAUCUUCCGUGCUGAAAGUUCCAGCACAGGGUCAUGCUGCCUGCCUCUCUUUGACCCUCGCCUUCGAGCUAUUGGCCAACUGCGUUUCAACUUCCAGGUCAUCAAGCCGUACCAUGGCGAUCCGUUGGAAAUCACGCAUUUUGCGACGUACUGGAAAGCAACGAGUGCCCUUGACUCGGACCACAAUGGCCUGGUCACCGGCUCCAGCUUGUCGGGCGACUAUGUGCAGCUCUUCGUGCAGCUGACCCGAGAUCGGGUGCCAGUCCUCUACCCUCAAUUCAUGAUCAACUAUCACGGCAUCGACAUCCCGAUCUGCCAACUAUCAUAUGUCCAAUUCCAGACAAUUGGUGCAGCACGAGGUGCCAACCGACAGGAGAUCCUCCAAUUCCUUGAGACGCAAGCAGUCAACGACAUGCCGCAGACUCAUCGACUUCUGGCCGAAUCGUUCAUGUCUUUAAGGGAGGUCCUGCAACACAUUCCUAUCGACCUCAAUGUUAACCUUUCGGUUGUCUACCCAUCUGGUACUGAAGAGAACACUCUUGAUAUGAAUUCCUUGGCCGACGUCAACUCCUUCGCAGAUGCGAUUCUGACUGACGUCUUCGACCAUGCCCGUGUUGCUCGAGAAAAGAACCCGGACUUUAUGAGGUCCGUUGUCUUUACAUCUUAUAACGCGAAUAUUUGCUCUGCCUUAAACUGGAAGCAACCCAACUAUCCGGUUCUUCUUUGCAACGAUCUGGGUCAGAUCCGUGAUCUUGCUCGCAACGUGGAUUCCCUCCCACAUGUGAACAGCAGUGGGCGAGCAUCGAUGUCGAUCAAGGAGUCUGCAAGGAUCGCUCAGAGUAAUAAUUUCAUGGGCAUGAUCUGCCGAUCGAGUCUUCUCAACGUCGUGCCCGCGCUUGUGGAGACCAUCAAAGAGCUCGGCCUUGUCUUGGUGGCAGACACAUCGGACGAACCUAGCCAGCAGCCCGAUCGUGACAAUGCCCUGUCUACAUCCACAAUGGGCGUGGCCGACUGGGCAUACCGGAUGCCUGACGGCGUUAAUGGUGUGUUGAAAGCCAACGGCGUGCUGAGAUUCAACGAUAUGAUCGACAUGUGA